CCGCCGCGCACCGCGCGCCUCGGGGCCACAGGCGCCGACCCGCGCGAUGCCCUGCGGCGCCUGGGCGGCGGGGGGCUGCUGGCGGCGCCCGCGCACCCGCACCCCCACGCCCACGCGCACGCCCACGCCCACGGCGCCCUGCAGCUGCGCGGCCCGCUGCCCGCGCCGCUCUACUGGGCGCUGCCCGCCAAGUUCCACGGCGACAGGGUGUUGUCUUACGGUGGUGUACUCAGCUUCUCUCGCAGUUGGGAAGGAGGUUCAACCAAUGCACCCGGUUCAUAUCCAUUAGUGCAACUUCAGGGCAAUGGAUUGAUUCUGGAACACUACUCUCUGCUGCCAUCAACAUCUGACAGGCAAGGUGUAAGGUUACACGAGUCUCUUUGGCAACUAAGAAAUGAUCCUCCACAACAAGCAACACGUGAGCUCCUUAUGCUUGCAUUGCAGAAUGUAGAACACAUCUUAGUGCAAGCUUCACCUACUCUGGAUUUCAGCUCUGCUAUCAUUCGAAAUGUAUCUCUGGAUACAGCAAUAGAAGCUCCUGGACAGCCAGCAUCAGCACGUGGAAUUGAGUUGUGUAGCUGUCCUCCUGAGUACAACAGCACCUCCUGUCAGGAUCCUAGUGUUGGCUUCUAUCGAUGGUACUCAGGUGAUCCUCGCCAGGCCACCAUUGUGAUUCAGCUAGUAGGGGAAGCACGUCCUUGUGAAUGCAAUAGACGAUCACGCAUCUGCAACAUUGAAACAGGUCACUGUUUGACAUUUUCUCAUAACACUGGAGACCACAUUGUGGCAGCGGCUGUGCAAAUGGUUCUAUGGAAACCCAGAUAAGGACCUUGCCAACCAUGUCCCUUCCCUAGUCCCCAUCGCAACCUUUUGCUCUUACCUGCGCAAGUUAAGCCCACAAUACAGAGUAAGCAUGCCAUUUGCCAAAACCUUGGAUAUUACUGGGCCUAGAUGUGACCAGGUGUGCCUAUGGAUGGUUUGGUUUCCCCAGAGAAGAAGGAGGAAGUUGCACUCCUUGUAAAUGUAAUCCAUAUGGUAGUGUCAGUGAUGAGUGUGAUGAAGAAACAGGACAAUGUAACUGUCGAGUUGGAAUUACUGGUCGUGACUGCAGCUACUGUCAAGACAGGCAUGUUCUUACAGAAUAUGGCUGUCAAUCCUGUAAUGACAGCUGUACAGGAGUUCUUCUAAAUGAAAUUGAAACUCUGGCAUCUAAACUUGCACAGAAUACCCAUCAUAUAAUGGAAGGAUCCAUACCUCCACCAUGGCAAACUCUAUAUGAUAUCAGAGAUGGUGCAGUACGUCUUGAAGAACGUUUACAAGAAUGGCUAAAUACUGUCAGUGAAGUGGAAGGUUUCCCAGUAUCAGUGGUCGAGGAACUCAAAAGAAAAGCAAAACUGCUUCUCAACAAGGCAAAAAAGCUCAUCAAAUUUGGUGACAAAAAUGUAGAAAAUAGUUUUGCAGUGAAAAAUGAAGCUCAUCGCUUGUUGGAUGAAAUUAUUAGGUUACAAAAGGACACAAAUGAUGUUGUCCAGGGGUUGAAGAACUAUGGCCAGGUUGGAGCUGGUGAAGUAAGUGUUGAGAAUGCAUUGCGAGAGGCGCAGCAUCUGGCCAGUGAGAUCAGAAGAAGAAAUGGAACAAUAAACUCCAUGAAAAUUGCUGCAAUGAAUGCAUUAAGGAAAUCUGAAGAUAUUUUGGACAGGAUUCGCAAAUUACUGGAAGGAGGACCUGAAGUGGGACCACUACGUCAGGGUUUAGAAAUGCUGACAUCUCGCCUUGAUAGCCUUCUUGAGUCAUUGCAUGGUACUUCAGAAGUCCUUGCCAAGACCAAAUCUCUAACUAACCACAACAAAGAAAUUCUGAAAAGUACAAAGAUGAAUAUUGAUCAAAUAUUAGAUUUUGAAGGAGAAGUAGAGAUUCUUUCUGAUGAAGCAAAAAUUCUCGUUGAAAAUGCAAGAUCAUUUCUGGAAAAUGCCACAACAAACAUGAGGAUACUUGAAGAUAAUAUGCGAUCCUUUGCAAAUCUCACACAGCAAGUCAAGGAAAAAGAAGGAAUUUUGUACAGAAUAAAUCCUAUUUAUCAUGAUCAAUAUGUUCUUAAAGCCCAACAACAUGCAGAUUUGUUAUAUGAAAGAGCUCAGCAAUAUCGGGACUUGUUCAACUCUACCAGAAAGGAAGCAGAUUUUGCUCUGCGAGCGAGUAGAGCAUAUCAAGGAAUAGUAGAUGCAAUCAACACUGCAAAAGAAUCUGCUAUGAAUGCUAGUUUUGCAGGAGAUAUUGCAUUCAAAACUGCCUAUCCUGGUUCAAUUGAAACUUCAGUAUUAAAACUCUCACGAGACGUUGGAGAAAAAUCAGAUACCUUGUUAAAGAAAGCUGAAGAAGAACUUUUAAGGGUGAACAAUGUAAAAGAUGAUUAUGCUAAUGCCAAAGCAAAAAUUAAUGGAGUUAGGGAUACAAUCAUGAAUGCUGAGCAUGGAAAUAAACGUGUACUUCAAGAACUGAAAAAAUUGAACAGUGGUGAAAUACAAAAAUAUGCAGCAGAAGCCAUGAUGAGAGCUGAAUCAGCUCUAAAAUUAAGUCGACAGACUAAUGCCACUGCAGCCAGAGUAAGCAGUGAUGUCAAAAGUAAACUUCGGCCAUUGUUAGCUACUCUUAGUGAAGAUGAUCUUAUUGCCAGUCACACUGAAAAAUUGAUAGCUGCUCAAAAGAACAUUGCUAAAAUAAAAGAACUCCUUGAAAAAAUGAAUCAAAGAUCUAAUGAUGAAAAGCAAAAUUUCAAUAAGUGGAACAAUACAAUGGCUUCCAAACUUCAAGAACUCCGCAGUAAAAUAACUCAAGCUAGGCACACUGCAGAAGGGCAAGAAUUUAUGGCUUUGGAGAUGGUAAAUAGAACCAUUCGAUUUGUGUGGAAUGCUGGCGGUGGUGUCGGCGUUGUGGUGCAUCCUCAGAAGAUAGAAAAAGCUGUGUUACGUGAGGACAAAAACUGGUAUCGUAUCCAAGUUGAAAGAACCAGCAAUAUUGCACGGCUUUCUGUGAGACAGCAGAUUCUACCAGAAGGUUCACCACAUGCCUCAGGUGAUCCAGUCUCAAACAGCUCAAAGCCUGGUUUUGGAAUAGUGGACGUUCGACCUGGAGACAGGCUUUGGAUUGGAGGUUUGCCUCCAGGGGCCACAGCUCCUCCACAGUUACUGGCUCCUAGUAAAGGAUUAGCAGGUUGUCUUCAUCGCAUUAUGUUGGAUGGAAGGCCAAUUGGGCUAUGGAAUUUUGCCACAGAAACCAAGAACAGUUGCACAGCAUGUAUAGCAGGAGUGGAGGAGACACGAGAUGAAAGUGCUUACCAUUUCGCAGGAGAUGGUUACUCAAUGCACACAGUAAAUAGUUAUGAUAUAUCUGACAAAUAUCAGUUCAGUAUUACUCUCAAAUUCAAAACAUUGGAUGAGAAUGCCAUUUUAUUUAUUGCUGUUGAUAAACACAGGACCCGUUUCAUAGCAUUGCUUCUGGAAAAUGGAUACUUAGUAUUUCACAUUGGAUAUGGAAGAAAAAUAGGAUUGCAAUUAAAAACUAUAACGAAAGUUAAUACAGGAACUUGGGUGAGCUGUGAAGCAGUACGUGUUUUUGAAGUUGAACGACGGCUAGAAAGCGCACUUUUGAGUAUAGAUGGGGAGUCUAAACAAAGUUCUCCUUCAGAACCUCCAACAACAGAUGAUAUUCCUGAGUUAGAAGAAUAUUUCUUAGGUGGUGUUCCUCCAGGAUUUCUGUUGAACACAAAUCUUCUAGUCCUUCCACCACAUUUUCUAGGCUGUAUGUCAGAUAUUCAGCUCUUCAGUGGUGGUGUCAAUCCAUUGUCAGGCAAAUUUUAUGGAGUAGAAGCCUCAUGUACAGUUUCUUAUACCACUGUGAGUUUCCGAGGACGAGGUUUCUUAGAACUUCCACCGCAUCCCCUUAAGAAAAAGGAAUCUUCUUUCGAAUUUGUGUUCCGAAGUCGGCAAAAAGAUGCACUUCUUAUGUUAACCAAAGGGUACGAAAAAGGUGAUUAUUAUUCUGUUGCUCUCCAUAGUGGCAAAGUUGUUGUGUGGGUGUCAAAUGGAGACACUAGAACAAUACAUCAAUCAAAGAAACAAUUCAAUGAUGGUCAGUUCCAUUCAUUGUCUGUUACAAAGAAAAAUCGAAAGCUAACAUUAAGAAUAGAUGAAGAAGAUCAUGGUACAUUUGUGAUGCAAGCCAGUGAUUAUCAAGUACGUGUAGCUAGUCCAAGUGAUCCAAGAAAAGUUAGGAAAGGAGGACUGUUCUUUGGAGGAGAUCCAACAGAAGUGCCAAAUGAGCCAGAGGCAGCCAGUUACAUAUCUUUGGUGGGCACCAUAAAGCAUGCCAUCUUCAAUAAUCAGUCACUACGUUUUGAAGAUCAGGUGUCAUUUCACCAUGCAGAUAUUGGUCGCCUUGGACCUUGGGAGCUUGGAGAAACUAGAGAGAUUUCAUUUAAACCACCAGCACCAACACUGCCAACUCAAUGCCACAAGGUUUCUCAUUAUGCAGUUGAACCACAUGCAGUCAAGUUCGGAGAUUCUCCUGAAAGCUAUGUGCGAAUGACUCGAAGAGCCAACCCUUUACAGAAGAAUUUCACGAUUGAAUUCAGUUUCCGUACUUAUUACCCUAAUGGCCUUCUCUUCAUUGUUCCGGUACAACGAAAGAAAGAAAGUCAUUUUAUGAUUGCUUUACACAACAAGCACCUAUAUGUUGAAUUGAAGGGCAGGAAAAAAGUAAACAAAAUUAUUGGACAAUCAGAGCUAAAUGAUGGAAUGUGGCAUAAUGUAUUACUAAAACGGGUUAUAGUACGAUGUGAUUCUGGAGAUGGCAAACCAGUUCAAGUUGAACAGAAUUUUCAAUCAAAGUAUACGUUGUGUGAUAACAAGUGGCAUACUAUUCAUGCAACCUUUUUGACCAGUGGCCUGUUUUUGAAAGUGGAUAAUCUACCAAAUGUGACAGGCCUGUCUUACAAUGGUGCAGCAGUUAUCAGUCACACUGGCAGUUCUUUGUAUAUAGGCGGAGUACCAGAAAAUUCAACAGGUGGAACCUUAAUAACAAGAGAGUAUUUCAAAGGCUGCAUUCGUAAUAUAGUAAUUGGGCGGCAAAGGAAAGAUUGGACAGACAUGACCGUGCUGGAAAAUGUGCAUUUAAAUUCCUGCCCCAUAAGUGACUAAUUUUAAGACUUACCUGAACUCUUUUUUUAUAAUAAAACUUUCUUGUUGUGAAAACUAUUUAUUGUAAUAAAAACUAUUCUGUUAUUUAA